GAAAAUUCCUGGUGUGUUCAAGUAUAUUUCUGCCAAAGAUAUUCCUGGAGAGAAUAAUUUUGUUGCUGGUUGCGAUAUGUUCAAUACCAAAGAAAAAAUAUUUUGUGAUGGAGAUGUGGAUUAUGCUGGCCAAGCAGUUGGCCUUAUCAUUGCAAGUAAGUAAAUUGCGAUGCCGAAAUGAAUUUAAUUUAAUUUAUGCAUCGCAUAAAACUGGUCAAAAUUUUUAUAUUUUGUGUGCUCAAAUUACUUUGCCAAAUUUUCUUUGUUGACUCGUACAGACAUACAAGAUUUGUUCUUCGCCAAUAUUUUCAAUAAGUGUACUUGUUCAAAAGCUAGCAUACUUGCUGAUUACUGUAGUUUUGUGUGGGAUAAUUGCAGAAAAGGUUUAAGGGAUGAACUUCAAAAAUUAAUCAGAAUCGAGCAGCUCGAACAAUUACUGGGAGCAACUAUGAAAUACGCUCUUCCCAAAUUUUGAAUAUCUUAAAUUGGCCGACACUGGAAGAUAGGCGACUAUGAAACAAAAAUUUUGUCUAAUGUUCAAAGUAUUCCACAAAUUAGGUCCAUCUUAUCUUUCACGGCCAUUUAAUCGAGCGAAUUUAAUUCACAGUCACGGUACACGAGGUGAUCACUACAACUUUGUUAUCCCUAAAUCAAACACAAUUUGUUUGAAAAAUAGUCUUGAAUAUAAUGUGCAGCGGUAUGGAAUUCAAUGCCAAUUGAAAUUAGGAAUUCCACUUCACUGAAAAUAUUCAAAAUUAAACUGUAGCCUAGUGUAAAAAUAAUUUGUAUAUAACUUAAUUUAAUUUCACCUUUUCCUUGUAAUUAUUGUAAAUAAUCCAAAUUAGAACACCAUUAGAACCUGACGAGGAAGUGUCACAUUGAACGGAAACAAUUUUUUCUGUUUAAAAUAAACCCAAUCUCGUUGCCAGAGCUCAACGAUGGCUCUGAGCACGAAAUUGAAACCAAAAAUUUUUUUCUUCUGUUUUUUAUUUACUCUCAACCCAUCGCUAGUAUGUCAGAAUUAGAAACAGAAAAGACUGGGGACGAAUCGGAGACUGCGGAAAAUGUUGAGUGAAGAUAUAUGGUUACCACUACAAGAAGUGGGAGAGCUAUCACAAACUGGAGAGUUUCGAAAUAUAGAUAAACGCAAGACAAAUGUUAAAACAGAAUUAUUGAUAGAAAAGGGGGAGGGGGUGUAUGAAAAUUUUCGCUUACAUUGAAGGGGGUUACGAAAAUUUUUCCAUAGGUUUUUGGGAGGGUAUGGAAAUAUGUACUUGAAAUUUCAUUUAUCCUCCAUCCCCCUCUAGUAAUUACUUUAAGACCGGUCCCUAACGAAUGGUCUACGCAAAGGAUUGUCCAAUUUUGUGAAAUAUUUCUCAAAAAUGGAUAAUUAUUUUAAGAAUAACAUAAUCAUCUGUUAUAGACACUCAAAGCUUGGCAGAUGAAGCUGCUGAGAAAGUGAAGAUCACUUACACGGACUGCAAGACUCCAAUUAUUUCCAUUCAAGACGCAAUUGAAGCCUCGUCAUUUUUCUCGGAACAAAUUGUGGAUCAAGUAUUUGGAGAUCCCGAUAGUAAGUGAAAGAUUUUCAUUGUAAUUCAAAGAGCGACGGAAAAGUUGGUUUUCGCGAGCGAGCGUGGUUUGAACGCGCGCUUUUAUUUUCCCCCAGUUUUAUGUGUGUGGCCGAUCGCUGUAUAUUUCGUGCGUGAAUUUUUUAGUCUGUUAGUUUCAUCAUUAUUUUUAUAUUUUCAUAGGGGAAAUGGCGUCAUCUGCGCAUGUCAUCAGCGGAGAAAUUUCAUUGGGGACGCAACAUCACAUUCACAUGGAAACACACGUUUGUACUUUACUUAUCUUCAUUAAGUUGCGGGAGUAUGAGACCGUUCGUUAUUUGUACAUUAGAUUGGGUGGCAGAUUCUUAUAGCAUGUUGAAAAAUGUUAUGUGACCCACCUCCCUCCGAUAAUGCUUUUUAUAAUAAAAAUACAUUUUACCAGAAAAUACAAGAGAUACUAGUGAACGUUUGUUUGAACUGAAUUUUACACAAACCAUUUCCCAUUCAGCAGAAAAUGUUUAUUUGCAAAAAAAGUUAGGCAAUGCAAUAUUCUGUUAUAACUGGGUCGUGACUGCAUGAAGAUUGCAUUUUAACUACCAUAUACUGAUGGUGGAAAAGUGCUUGUAGAGAUCUAGAAAUCCAUGCUUGUCCUCUCCAGGCGGCAUACAAUCGCUAGCACAAACGCAGAAAUAUAAUUCGUCGCCCUCACAGCCAACACACCCAUAAUUUGUCAAAACAUCUACACGUUUAGGCAUGCCUUUGCAUCCCUGGCGAGGAAGAGUUGGAGGUCUAUGCUGCAACGCAAUAUAUUGAUGCUACUCAGAUGGCAAUAGCUCAGGUUUUGAAUAUACCAGCGAAAAGGUUGGUUGUUAAAGUCGGAGUUAUAGACUCUAGUCGCAAUGUUUGUAAUUUGACUUGAUAAUCCGAUCAAUGACUUGUGACUUGUCUUGGACUUGCAAGAAAAGUCUUGUUACCAACGCAAGUCAAACGCAAAGUCGUAAAUGUCUUUAUUAAUAUCCAGGCCUUCGACCUUUUUUUUGAGGCGGAGGGAGGCAGAGUAUUGUGGCGGAGUGUGGUGGCGGAGUGUGGUGCCGGAGUGUGGUGGCGAAGUGUGGUGCCGGAGUGUGGUGCCGGAGUGUGGUGGCGGAGUGUGGUGACGGAGUGUGGUGCCGGAGUGUGGUGGCGGAGUGUGGUGCCGGUGUGUGGUGGCGGAGUUUGGUGCUGAAAUGAGACGGAGGUAAUUAAUAUGCGGAGGAAGGUGGAGAGAGGCGGACGAGGGUGCGCACGCAUUACGUCAUAAUGAUAUGCAAGGCGAGCCUGGGCAAGAAAGUAAUUAAGCUGAGCUCAGCAUUUUUGUCACAAUAGCAUUCGCUUUUUAAUUAAAGUCGCUAUAAAGUUUGAGCAUUAAGGCCCAUAUAGACCAGACGCGACUUGGCCACGUGUAAAUUAACUUCAGUAUUUUUAUAUGUUUUUCAAAUACUCGAAACCACUUAAGUAAUUUUAGCUAUUUGGUCUGGAUAUCUUGUAAAAUUUUUAAUGAAAAUUCUCGUCGCGUUGUCAUAUCGCGCUAGGUCUAUAUGGGCCUGUAUUUCGUUGUUCUAACCAUGGAUCGAAUCGUGGUAUUAAUUUGGUUCUGUGAACAAAAACAUAGCUGUGAAUUCCUUUGCCGACAUGAAGAUUGUUAUGUCUUCACAAAAGCCGUAGAAGAUUUGAGAGUGGCCUCACCAAUCCAUAUGCCCUCCACAUCAAAAAUUGGUAAAGUUACCUACAGUUAAAGACAAGAUGAAGCAAAACUACGGCCGGCCGCACUUCGUAUGCUCUGGAGGAGAAAAUCCCUGCAAAUUUUGGCAGUGGGAUGAUGUAUAUGAAAAUCCUAGACCUCUGUCAACAUGGAAUGGUGUGCUGUGAAUGAAAAGUCAAGAAAGAUGGCCCUAACCAAAACCGGUUGUUCCACUGCGGCUCAAAGGACGAUGAUUGUGGUUUCUUCGAAGGGAAACAAUCAGAGCCUCGUGUGAUCACUACUGGCAUCGUGCUUUUCAGUAAUCCAGUACAAUACCGAUACAAGAUUGAAAAAACAGGAGAGACAUUUAACAAUACUAGGGAAGCGUACGAGGAAUAUACAUUUCUCAAAUCUGUUUAAGGUUUCACAAGCAAACUUAACAUUUUUAUACUGUUAUGUGUAUCAUCAAUAAAUUAUGUAUUUUCAUCAAUAAAUUAUGUAUUAAAUGUAUUUUCAAAUGUUGUUGUAGUGUAGUGUUGAUAUUAAUACAAUUAGUUAAUUAGUUAAUAUAUAAGUAAGGGGUGUGGUUUAAGAUAGGGCAAGGACAAAAGACAUUAGUCAGAGACAUGAAUGAAAAGCUGUAACGAUUCAGAUGGCGAAGGGAAUAAAUACAUAAAACAUUAUAGUUGUGUUGCUGUACAGGUGUACGUGUUGCUAAAUCAUUAGGCGACAAGGUGGUAAUUAAGGGAUUAGGCGAACAAAAAUUUAAAUAACUCCAAUGUAUUUCAAUGGAUAGAUAAAACACUCGGCUACGCUUCUCACUUGCGGCACUCAAUGAAAACAAAACAAAACAAAACAAAGUCUGUCGAAGUAGUUAGAUAAGUGCAAUAUUGGCUUGAUUUAAGUUCCUACCCAUCCUGCUUUUCUGUACUUGUACAGAGUUUCAGUUAUACUAUUGGUCUAUAUUCAAGAAAUAAAAAACGAGUAGCGUUUAUUGAGUGAAAUGCACGAAGGGAAUAUUGGGAGAUACUGUAAUUGGUAAUAUAAUUAUUUAAUGUUGCAUUGUUGAAGCCAUAUUUGAACGUGAUAUGUAAAUUAUUUAAUAAGGAAGUGGAAUAUAUUCCAUGUUUUCACUCGAUUUUUUCUAGUGUACAGGUAACAUGUAAGCGAUGUGGUGGAGCUUAUGGCGGGAAAGCAAUUCGUGGUUCAGUCAACUCAACAGCAUGUGCCGUGGCUGCCUACGUCAUGAACAGGUAACUUUCAAGAGAUGACCUUUUUCAUCUGUUGUUAAUUUGACUAUUUUUUCUUCUCGAGUUUAAAUGUUCAUGUGUUGUCGAUGCUUCCUUUCCCCAACUUCACCAACCAGAAAUGUAUUUCGAAACUUGAACUCGAGCUACACAGCAUCACAAGUCCUGUUGACACGUUUACCUCAGUGGCGUAACGUUAUAUCAGGGGACUCCCGGUUCAAAAUAUUCAACACCCCCGUAGAAGUGCCAAAGGCACGAGUCGAGCGCCGUAUAUGCACGAGUUUUUGAAUCUAGACUCUCUGAAAUGCAUUUCCUGGACUUUGGGGAGAGAUUUUACAGAAUUCUGAUGGUCAGAAAACGAUAUUGUAACAUAUCAGAGGCCCUGGCGAAUGUUUUUGCUCUAUCGCCUAAGCCUGGGGGCCCCUGGUCCCCAUUUGGCCAAUUGGAGUUGGGGGUUCUCCCGGUUCUCCCGGUCUGAGCCGAUAGUAGUUACGCCACUGGUUUACCUUCACUCACUACUCUUCCACAAUUAGCCAAGCGUUACCUCCUGAUGUGUUCGCUGUUACAAACCUCUAUAAAGCGGUUACCACUUCCAAGACAAAUUGGUGAGACCCCGAACGUGUCCGCUUAAUAGGGAUUCGAUUGUAUACAACAACGCGCACCUUAGUUCAAAUAUUUAUAAAUGUGUUGUAUUUAAAGUGGCUAUGCGACAAUUUUUUUUAUGAUUGAAUUGCAAAGUUCAUUUAAAAUCAUAGUAUAACUUGUUUUCUAAAACUUUGUAAUCUUUCCUGUAUGUCAAGAUUUUCGACUUUGUUUGAUAUACAAAUGUGACUUAAAUGACGUCACACUGCAUAAUGCGUUUUACAGGAGACUGUGUUGUAGCUUGCUAAUAUUCUCAUUAUCUCAAAUUUACAGAUGAAAUGAUCGCUUUGAUAGCUCUUAAAGUAUAUCACUUUCAAUGUUAAUGGAGUUAUCAAAUGUUUGACAACGAAACGUCAACGCUUUCUUUCUAAAAACUCAUUAUGAAGUGUGACGUCAUUUAAGUCACAUUUGUAUAUCAAUUAACAAAGUCGAAAAUCUUGACAUACAGGAAAGAUUACAAUGUUUUACUAUGAUUAGUUAUACUAUGAUUUUAAAUGAACGUUGCAAUUCAAUCAUAAAAAAUUGUCGCAUAGGCACUUUAACCUAUUACAUGCCGGUGUUUUAACACACUAUGACCAGUUUCGAUGGCUAGCUGCGCCAUUGCUCCGGGUAGGCAUGCUGCCCCUGACAAUUUCUGCGUUUUCGAACCCUCAGAGGAGCCGUUCUUCCGUAUUCCCUAACAGGAAAUUUGAUGAAAGUUGUGAAGUUUUUGCAUUUAAAAAUUCAACAUUUUGUAAAACACGUGAUACCUUUGUACAACUUCGUCCCCAGUUUUGAAACAACGGUCACCCUGUAUACAAUUACAAUCAUAAAUGAAUUGCUUUUGUUCCUGUUGAUAUAUACACAAUGUCAAUGUAACGAGAAUCUGUACAGAUGAGAUUAUUGUAACUGCCUGUGGAAGAAAGAAGUGAAGUAUUCAAGUCUGUAAUGAAGUUAUCCUGGAUGAGGAUAUUACUGAAGGUUAUUACUGACCCUAGCUACCGACGGCCUUGAAUGAACACAUAUCAUUAUCAGACAUGUUUUUAAUCUGUAUUUCAGGCCAGUACGACUUCGAAUGAACUUCAAAACCAACAUGGAAAUGGUUGGAAAAAGAUUUCCUUAUCUCGCGAAGUACAAGGUAUAGAUUCUUUAACCAACACUGCGGUCAAACGUUUGGGUAUUGACUGCUUAUACUGGAGUGACUGGAAAUAUUAUUGUAUUCACGAAGCUGUAGCAAUAAUUGUAAACAAAAUUACGAGAGUAUAAACUUUAGUAUAACUUCGUCUUUACCCUAUUUAUUAGCAUGAAUUUUUUUUCUGGGCUCAAUUCGUUAAAAUAUUUUUUAUCCAUGUUGUUACAAAUUUUUCCCGAAGUAAAAUUUGUGGCUGCCUGUUAAAAAGAACAUUUCCCAAUCAAGUUAUUUUUGGUAGUCUUUGUAUUCCCGUGUUUACUUGAAAAGUUUUUCCUUGUACCCGCAAAGAUUUGACUAUGUUUCCUUGAUCUCUUGAAACCCUUGGCAGCCCUCACAUCUGAUUUCGAAACCUUUCAAUUAUCUGAUUUACAAUAAUUAUUUGUAUUUAAUUUUGACUCGACUUUUGUACUAACACAACCAAAGGUUACCAAAGGUUCAGUACGGUGAUUAGAAGAUAAUGAGCCUGUACACUACUUACCGCUCAUGAGCGAUUAAAUGUUAAAUUGUCUUUGCUGUACCUCUAGGGAAAACUCUGUGUAUAACAGAUGGCGCUAUCUCUAGUGCAAAUUAUGUUAGCUUAGCUGUCGUUCACCCUAUAGGUUGGUGUUACUAGCGAGGGAUUAUUGAAAGCGGUUGAUCUCACGUAUUACACUGCUUGCGGGAAUGCAACUACUGAUUCUUUAUUGGCAUAUUUUUCUGUCAUGAUGGAUAAUGGUGAGUUUUAUUUACGGGGAGUAUUGACGCGUGUGUUAUUUUCCCACGCGUUAAUUCGUUUUCGCGUUAAUUUCAGUAUUUGCGUGAUAAUUUUGGGUAAUUUUCUCAUACCUUGUAUGAUUUGAUUGGACGAAAGUUGUUCUCACGUGUGAGAAAAUUGUUUCGCUUUCCUGAUUAGUUUUGUCAAUGGUGAAGCGAUUUUUCGCAGUUAUAGUAAAGCCAUUCGGAACUAUAUAUAUCGUUUAUUGUAUAAUAUCAAAACACCUCCCUCCUCAAUAAAUCUCCAUCUCCAAGAAAGGGAGUCAGCUGAGCAGAUUAAUCACAAUAUCACUGAUUUUUUUUCAAAAUCCUUACCAUGGAAAUAGUAUGGAUUUUCGUUGGAAAUAUUAUGGAGACUGAAUUUUCGUACUAAUUGUAAUUUCCAUACAAUUGGUAUAGUAUCGAAAUAAUAUGAAUAUACUAUGGAUUUAGUAAUGUAAUUGCAUAUUCCGUAGCAUGGAUUUCACUAUAUUUUGUCCAGUGUACUUUUAUAUUUGUAUUUUUUCAAUAUUUUUCUCUGUUUCCCUUACGAACAGCGUAUUAUUGUGAAAACUGGAAAUAUCGAGGUGUGCCAUGCAAGACGAACACUGCAACUAACUCCCUCACACGCUCACCAG